UUGUGUAGCAAAAUAAUGGAGGAGACACCUAGGGAGACAGCUGAUAAAGCAGAAAUGGAGAUACACAUCCCCUCAUACCCCCUACCCCUGGAAAUACAGCAGAUGGAUCAUUCUGAGAAGGCCUGUCGUUACUGUGGUGUAAGUUAUUUGAUCCUGCAUGAGUUCCAGCGCCUGCAGGAGCAUUUGUGGGAAGUCAAGAGAGAGCUGGAGCAGGAGAGAGGAAGUGUGGAGAGAGAGAAAACCCUGAGAGAGGAGCUCCAAGAAGCCUACACUCAUCUGGAGGAGCUGAAAGCAUCUGUGCUUCAGCAGGAAGAAACCAUGAAGGGCCUUGACCUGCAGCUGUGCGUGGUCACGCGUGAGAUGGAGAGCGUGAAGGCGGAGAAAAAAACAGCGAUUACAGAGCUGGAAAACGAGCGCACUUGCCGCCUGCACUUUAGAUCAAGGUUUAUGCAGCAGCAGUGGCUUCUCAGGGAGGCUUUGGCCCUGCAGCAUUCGUCUCGAGGGGAGAUGAAGACUGUUAAGAUCCAGUUAACUCACUUCCUGGAGACCUGGGAGAACAGCAAAGCACUGAUACAGCAGAGUUGCAUCAGUGCUGAUGCAGAGUGUGCUCGUCUGAAGCAGCAAGUGGUCGGGUUGCAGGUGGAGCUGAAGAGGCUGCAAGAGGAGGUGCCAAACUUGAAGUCAUGUCUUGAUGCAACAAAAGAACAGAUUCUGCAGUUGGACAACCAGGUCCAGACCCAGAAACGACUGCAGAACCAAAACCAAGAAGCCCAGUUUCUCAUACAGGGCCUGAUGGAAGAGGUGAAGACUCUGAAAAUAGAUCUCCAGAACAGCAUGCAUGAACGAGAGCAUGUAAAGAAACUCCUGGAAAUAAAGUCCGUGGAGAAGGAGGAUCUGCGAGUGUUGUGGAGUGAACAGACGGCCACCAUUGAGAGGCUAUCCCGAGACCUGAGGGAGAAGGAGGAGAACCGGUUGUCAUGUCAACAACGAUGUGAGUCCAUGCAGGAGCAGCUGUUGGCGUGGCAACAGAAAGAGGAGGAGGUGACCCGGAGACUAGAAUGGACAAAGGGCGAGAUGAAGGACCUGAGAGUAGCCCGAUCCACCUUACUGCAGGAGAGGGAGGAGCUGAGGAGAACUCAUGUGGGAGAAUUGGAGAGAUUGGAGGAGAGCUUUAGAACGAGGCUGAAAGCUGCAGAGGAGCAGAGUUCAAAGAUGGAGGCUUUUCUCCAGCAGAAACAGGCUGAGCAAGACAAACAGCUGAAACAGCAAGAGAUGGAGUUAAGAAGAGAAGCUGACAUUGAACUGGACAUCCAAAGACAAAAAAACCAGGAGCUGAUUAACAAAUACCAGAGUGAAAAACAGCAACUACAAAACAAGAUUCCUGCUCUCAUUCAUUCAGCCGUGCAGGAGCUCCAUGAGGAGUUGGCAGUGCUGCAGGAGCGCAUUAAAGAGCAGGAGAAAGAGAUGAAGCAUGUUUGUGAGAGCGCCUCCCAGAGGCAGCAUCAGCUCCUGGAAGAGCGGAGGACAGGAGAGGCACAGCUGCAGUCAGCCCUGCAGGAGCUGCAGGAGAAGACACAGGAGCUGAACCAGGCUCAGAUUAACAUACAGCAGCUCAAAGAAGAGAGGGCCACCCUACAGGAAGAGAAGUCCUUUCUUGAGGAGACAGUAAGGCGUGAGUGUGAAGAGAGGGAAGAACUGACUGCAGCACUGACCCUGGCCAAAGAACAACUGCUGGAACUCAAACACUCCAUCACAAAACCAAAUGGCACCCAGACACACACCCAACUCUCCAGAGUCAGAUCUACAGUGAAGAACCCAGACCUCCCCUUCCCCAGACUCAAUCCCAGCCCUCCCAGCCAUCCUCAGACACACAACCACAGCUCUUUGUCCACUCAGAGCACCAGGCAGCGUUUGCCUGAGUGGAAUUCUUGUAGUGUGAGUAGAAGUUCGACAUCCUGGCAUGGAUCAUCACUGCCAACACCCACCCUGCCCAAAAUCAGCAAAGAGAGAGUCGCUUCAGUGAAUGACUUGUGCAAAAGCAUCACUAUGGUGAGGGGCAGACGGGACAAACUUUGAUUUGCACUAGAAAGUCCCCUACAUUGUGUACUUUGUGUAUUUCUAGG